AUGGCGGACAUCAACCCGCUCCCCUUCUAUCCGCUCCCUACGCGCGCCUCGCUACUAUCACAGUUCCUGGGCAAGCAGCUCGAAGACCUGCCCACACCAGCCAUUGUGCUCGAUCGCGCCAUCAUACGGCGGAACUGCGAUGCGAUGCUCAACAUCUGUGCGGAGCUCAAGGUAGGGUUCCGCGCCCACGUCAAGAGCCACAAGACGCUUGAGCUUUCUCAGAUGCAAGUGGGAGCAGAGCAGAGCCAACCAGCGAAUUUCAUCGUUAGCACGAUUGCGGAGGCGGAGAACUUGUUGCCGUACUUGUGCUAUGCGCAGGGGGUGGAGAGGGAGGCUAGUGUACUUUACGGUGUACCAGUCCCUCAAUCUGGUAUCCCGCGUCUCGUUUCUCUGGCCUCAAAAUUGCAGCCGAGAUCCGUCAGUGUCAUCAUCGAUAACGAGGCGGCUUUUCUCAAGUUCCACGAACGACUCGCUGCCUCUGGAACGGAGCUGGAGAUAGGAGUAUUCAUCAAAAUCGACACGGGCUAUGAACGCGCUGGCAUCAAGACUUCCUCUCCGGCUUUCCCAUCGCUUGUCAAGACAGUAGUAGAGAAGAGCCAGGAGCCAACAUCUGGAUGCUUUCUGCAAGGGUUCUACUCGCAUUUCGGACACUCGUAUGGUGGAUCCUCAGAAGACGAUGCCGCAAACGGUCUCAUCGAGGAACUGGUGGGUUUAGAAACAGCAAUCAAGGCUGUUCCCAAGAGCUUUGAUGGAAAGUUGGUGCUGAGUGUGGGCGCAACACCUACCGCGACAGCAGCACAGAACAUGCUGUCCAGCUCUAGCCCCAAAGUCCAAGAGUUCCAAGAUGUGCUUCGACGUCUGCAGAAAGACCACGUCGUCGAGCUGCAUGCAGGGGUAUACCCGUUGCUAGACUGCCAACAAGUCGCGACACAUGCUAGGCCAUCGACUUCAUCUAGUGGAGCCACGUCGUCCUUCCAGCCUCUCUCAAGAUCUAACAUUGGUAUUCGGAUGUUGCUCGAAGUAACAAGUGUAUACAAUGAGCGAUCGAAGCCUGAAGCUCUAGUAUCCGCUGGCUCUCUAGCGAUGGGUCGCGAACCUUGCAAGUCCUACCCGGGAUGGGGUAUUGUCACGCCUGCACUAGGCAAUGCUUCCGCUAAGCACAUAUAUGACGAGCGAGAGGGAAAGACGGGAUGGAUCGUUGGACGCAUCAGCCAAGAGCAUGGUAUCUUGACCUGGGAGGGCGAUAGGAGCGAAUGUAACGAGUUGACGAUCGGGGAUAAGGUUAUGGUUUGGCCAAACCAUGCUUGUGUGGCUGGCGCUGGGUUCGGGUGGUAUCUUGUGGUCGACUCGGACGCGGGUGGAGAUACGGUCGUGGAUGUCUGGGCCCGAUGGAGGGGCUGGUAA